AUGUCCGAAUCCUUCGCCAUUCUCCGCCAACGCCGCUCCGACGAGCUAGCCAAGCUCGCCGACGAGCAUCUUCAACACGACCUCCACUCCGCCGACCGCGACAAGCUCAACGCAGCCGCAUCUUCAAUUUCUCUAUGGACAACAGUUGGUUCUGCGGUCGGUGUGAGUCUCGGUGUUCUAACUGCCAUCCGAUUGCGUAGCACACGCAAGGCGUUCUUCUCUGCCAUUCGUGCGCAGGAGAGACCGACCAAGGUUGUUUUUGAAGAUGGAAGGACUGAGUCUAUUCCUGACCUCACGCCGUUGUUGAAGCCUACUACUUUGGGUGAUGUCGCGACGUAUUUUUUUGCCAGCGCUGGCGGGUUGUUUUUAGGUGGAGAGCUGGGCUUUGCUGGUGGUGUGGCAAAGGGGACGAGUAGUAUAAACGCGGAUCCAGAGAGCAAGAAGAGAAUUGAAGCUGCGUUUAGGAGAUUCCGGUCUGAUGUGCUGCGGAAACAAGCCGAUGCGUUGGACAAAGGGGAGAAUGAUUAUAGUUUGAUCUAA